GCCAUGGUCUCCUGGAUAAUCUCCCGCCUCGUGGUGCUGAUCUUCGGCACCCUUUACCCCGCGUACUCCUCCUACAAGGCCGUGAAGACGAAAAACGUAAAGGAAUAUGUGAAGUGGAUGAUGUACUGGAUUGUAUUUGCCUUUUUCACCACUGCAGAAACACUCACAGACAUUGUUCUUUCUUGGUUUCCCUUUUAUUUCGAGCUGAAAAUCGCAUUUGUGAUUUGGCUGCUCUCCCCUUACACCAAGGGCUCCAGUGUCCUCUACAGGAAGUUUGUGCACCCAACGCUCUCCAAUAAGGAGAAGGAAAUUGAUGAAUACAUUACUCAGGCUUGUGACAAGAGCUACGAAACCAUGAUGCGAGUUGGCAAGAGAGGGUUAAACCUUGCUGCCAAUGCAGCGGUUACUGCAGCUGCAAAGGGCCAGGGAGUUUUGUCUGAGAAGCUUCGAAGUUUCAGCAUGCAGGAUCUCACUCUGAUCCGAGAUGAAGAUACUGUGCAUAUGCGAAGCCGUGAUCCACAGCUGCACCCCUCUGGUGCAAGUCUUCUGGAAACUAUUGAAGACUCAGCUUCGUGUUACUCCUCAGGAGAGGAGAGCAGUGUGGCACAUCGGUCUAAUGGAACCCCGUCAGAUACUAGAACAGACCCAUCAGAUGAAGAUGCAGGAGACAAACUUCCUAAACGUACCCAGAGUCUCAAAACUCCUAAAAAGGUGAUGAAAGCUGAACUUCCAGUGAGAAGUGUAAAAGCCCGCCCUAAGAAGAAAGCUGCUGGCUCUCUUGCUUCUGGCGAGUCAUCCUAAGGCGACCUGCCCCCCCCAGCACCUGUCUCUGUCCUGGGAUUUGCCUUUCGCUUUUUAUGGGGAAACUCUCCAAAGGAAGGGAGCUGAGAUUCUUGUACAUAACCGAUACUGCUUUACAGAGCUCAUUCCAAGGCAAGGGGGAGGCUGGGAUUCAGAAAGCAGAGCAGAGGAUACAAAUCCUCAGGAAUUUUCUCCUUUUCAUCUCUCUGUUGGAGGGAAUGCUGAUAUGUCUGUACAUAGCCAGUUGCUUUGGAAUUCCCACUGUAUAACUCUAGUUGAGAAUCUUUGCUGGAAAAACUGACUAGGGUUAGAGACAUCCAUUGCACAGAAGCUGGAGUUCUAUAGGGUGGGUGGCUCUCAAAAAUGUCUUCUCUUGCUCUGGGUAUUCUCCUGCAGCUGUGUGUCGUUAAGAAGUGCCCAUCAUGAGUCAUAUUCCUUAAGAAGGGACCAUACCUGAUAUGUCCAUUGCCUUUGAGAAAGUGACUAAAGUGAUGUAUACUGAGUGCUUUUGAACAUAAAGGACUGGCUCAUGGGAGGUAUAUGCUAGAUUCCCACUACUCAUACUGGAAGAUGAAGAGAUUGUGUUUAAUUUUAUUUUUUCUGGAAGGUGAUAAUUUUUUCUGGAAGGGAGAUCAUUGGAAAAACUGAUAAAGGAAAUGUGCUAUUACAUGCACAUUAUAUGAUGGAGUAGGUAGGAGUUACUGUUGAGAAGAAAAGUGUGACAUCUCUAAGAUUUUGGCUCUUUUUUAAACUGCUUGAAUUUUAUUUCAGGUUCUAAUGCUCACUUUGAUUCCUCUGAGAGCAUCAGAAUGAGGCGAGUCUCAUGCAGUUCCAUGGCAAGCAUACUCGCUUUGCCAUUUAGUGGUUGAACUCAUGUCGUUGUGUUGCUUGUUACUUCAGACAAAUUCUUUUAUUCUAGCAGAUGUCUGGGGAAAAUCUGUCUCAAAAUAGUCUGCAAACAUACUUGAGAAUUUCAGAAGCCCUCACCUCUCAGCUUUAGGAGAGUCAAUCCUCAGGACAUAAGAACUGAAACAGUUGAUUUAUUAACCUGAAGUUGAGUUCCUCUAACUUCAGGAUUUUGUUUCUGGGGGAUAAAAAGCGGGCACUAGGGCACAAUACUGGUGAAUACUGAUUAAUCUGUCCUCUUGCUUUAUCCUGCUGCAGCCCUUGCACAGAUUUUCUGUCUGAUAUGUGCCGUGCUUAUCGGCGUCCUGAGACUCGAGCAAUACUUAACACUUGGGACAGAAAACUACAAGGAACGUAGAAUAUGUAUUGUGGGAGGGAAAUUGUAGUGCUAGAGAGAAAAUUUGCAUAAUGACAAGCCAUACUAGACCCUUGAACGUUGUUAAGGGGAGAACCCCUGUACACAUGCUGGCUGAGCCUAUGAAAAUUUAAGAGUAGGGUUCUUGUUAUCAAGAUCCAUAAUGAAGGUGCACCAUUUUAGACAUGGAUGUCUGAAUGAAUACUUGAUGGUCUUAAUUUUCACUGAAAUUAGUUAUUAAAGGAACCUGGCUCCUACAUGCAGGUGUUUGCAUCCCAUACUUUUGUUGUCACAUUUCUGAAAUGACAGUGAAUUCUUCACAGAGCCCAGUAUUUUGCUGUCGACAAGGUAUAGAAGCACUUCUGCAGCUAAUGCUCCACAAGUAUUUCUGUCCUAGAGAAUAGCCUUUCAAAAGUUUAUAAAGUUGAAGAUUAGGACUGAAUUUUUUUCUUGUUUUCCAUUGUCUUGUUGGCAAAUUGUUUGCUGUUGAAUUCGCCAGUUAUUUCAGGAAGCCAAUUAAGUUGGGUUUACUAUUUUUUGCAGCUUUAAAAAAUUUAAACUUUACAGUCCAUGUUAGAAACUUGCGUCUUGUCAGAAAUAUUUGUCCUAAAUUAUCCACGAGGCCUUAUCCAGAAGCCAGUAGAAAAUGCUUGAUUUGGCUCUGCAUUUCAUAAAAAAAACACAAUUAUUUUGUUCUUUUUAAGUUUAUUAGCAAACUUCAUAUUUGUGUCUUACUAGCACAUGCAAAUGCAUGUCCUGAAGCAGGAAUACUUGCUGUUUCCAAAGGAAAUUCCUCUCUCCAGACAACAGAUAAAAUCUUUCAUGGUUAUGUGGAAGAUCCACUUUUGAGAUAUUGCUGUCCUAGACUUUACUGUACUGAGCAAGAGAGAACCAUUGUUCUCUGUAUACCAAGAUACCAAGUAUGUCUAUGACCAUGUUUCUUGAUUUUUUUUUUUUUUCAAAAUUAAAAUUGUGCAUAGCAAAUUAUUUAUGUAAAUCAUUGUGAGGGACUUGAUUUGGAAGCCAAGUCUCCCCCUGUGCUGUUCUUCUUGCCCUUUCCUUGUGCAUGCACUGUGAUAGUCUACGAUUACUGCGUUUCCACAGAGCUACUUUCCAGAAUCUUCUCUAAAAUUCAUUUGUUUGUAAUGGCUUUUCUGCUUUGAAGCACAGGAAGAAUUUCUGAAGAUUCAGUUCUGGUAUUUGGAUUUGUCUUUGUCUUCCUGAGCUGGGGCCUGUGCUAAGUAGCAUUUACUUAGCAUUGAUGCUUGAUGUCGUUAGCUUGUGGGUAAAUACAGGUCAGUUUUACUCUGAGUUUUCUUUAUACAAGGGAAUUGGCUUUUUGGUUGCAAGAGGGAGUCUACAUUAGAGUCAGGGACUAUCUAGUGUGUGAUAUGAAGCUGAUGAUGUCAAGGAGCAGAACUUACCCAGAGCAAGACCAAUGUCUUAGCAUGGAUACUGUUUUCUUCUUGUAGUACAAGUGUGACUGCUAGAUUGUGUUUUGCUUGAUCAAAGCCACUGCAGAUCUCCCACCACCCACGUGACCUCUUAGUGAGCUUCUAGAUCUAGUUCUGCAUUGGAUGCACUGUCUUGCACAGAAAUUCUCUUGUUAAUGAGAACGCUGAAUGUGCUGUUUUGAUAAAAUGCUUUUAUCAGCUGCUGUUCGGUGUUUUCAGCGGGAAAUGCUGGAAUGUAGUUUCUCUUCAGUAUCAUCUGUGGGCUUCAUCAUGCAAUUAAGCAAAUGGUUAAAUCUUCACCUAGCAGUAGAACCCUGUUGUGUUUGGUAAAUGUUUAGAGUCUUUUCCUAAUCUGCCUGGCCAUAGAGAGAAGUGCAGUAAUCGAAAAUGAUACUUGAAGGUGAGGGCUAAAGAGGGUGGUAUGUGUGGUCGUGUGCCUAAAGGUUAUCCUAAAAUACCUGUACCAUGACAUACAAAGUUGAAGCCAUGACUGCCUUUUGAAAAGAAAUGUUUUACUUUCA